UAUUAUUUUAACUGUUGUUAUUAAUAUAGCGUUUGCGUUUAAAUGGAUAUUAGGAUCGAUAUUAGGAUUAGUGCAUGCUUGUUUUGUUCAUUUUAGUUAUUUGAAAGUAUCAAUGCCAUAUAUGGAUGAAAUAUUCCAUGUUGAUCAAACUCGGCGAUAUUGCAUUGCUAAUUAUAGUUGGAAUGGAAAGAUAACGACUCCACCAGCCCUUUAUCUACUAUCAGUACCAUUUUUUUGUGGAAACGAAAGGUAUAUCAAUUCAUUUUUAAUUUGUUUUGCCUUUGUUGGAUUAUGUAAUUACCGGCGAUUAUUCACAUCUUCACAAGUUUUCCUUACAUCCAUUCUAAGUUUGUGUCUUCCCGUUUUAUUUCAUUCAUCAAUCCUAUAUUAUACAGAUCUUCUUUCUCUUACGACCUUAUUAUGGGCACUUUCAUCAAAAUCGUCUUUAAAAGCUGCAAUAUUUUUUACCCUUGCAUUACUUACAAGACAGACAAAUAUUAUAUGGGCUGGUAUGUAUGUCCUUAUUUAUUUUAUCAAAAAUGUCGAUGAUAAAAAUUUGAUUGGCUCCAUAAUAAAAAUUUUUCUCGAUUUGUGGAGCUUUAUUUUAUUAUUCAUCGCUUUUAUGUCCUUUGUCAUUAUGAAUGAUGGAAAAAUUGUUCUGGGUGAUCAUGAAGCACAUCGUAUUGUUCCUCACUUUAUGCAACUUUAUUACUUCUCUCUUUUUGUUUUAAUUAGAAAAAUUCUGUUUAUGCCUAUUAGAACUUUUGUGCUUUGUGGUGUUAUAACGGUUUGUAUUUAUUGUUUUACGAUGGAUCAUCCUUAUUUGCUCGCCGAUAAUCGUCAUUAUACAUUUUAUAUUUGGCGUAGAUUUUUCUUGUAUCAUCCAUCUUUUAAGUAUUUACUUAUGCCAAUUUAUCUUAUAUCGUUAUAUAUUAUGAAGGAAUUUACUGUUCAUUUAUCUCCUUCAAAUAUUCUUUUAUUUUUAUUGUCAACUGCUUCUGUUCUUGUACCAGCACAUCUUUUGGAACCGCGAUAUUUUAUUGCUUCGUUCAUCCUCUGGCGAAUGGCAUUACUGGAAAAUAGGAGAUGGGUAUUAAUUAUUGAAUUUUUAUAUCUUCUCAUUAUUAACUCCUUAACCUUGUAUCUUUUCUUUGAAAAACCUUUUGAAUGGUUGAAUGAGCCCGGCAUUAAACAACGUUUCAUGUGGUAA